AUGUACCUUCCGUUUGAAACAUUUAGCCGUUAUUGGUUUAUGUAUUUGCCAUUUUUCUCAACCGUCGUUCCGAUCAUUUACAAAUUUUACAAGUGGUUCGUUGUCUUGCUUUAUGGACACAGUGAACUCGAGCGAAUCAUAAUGAAAAAUAACUUCGGUUUUGUGAGAACUAUCCGGAUAGAAAGGUCGUUCAGACUCUCCGACAAUGUUAUGGUACGCGACGGGUUAUAUACUCUUCCGUUGCCAAAAUACGUCGCGCUGUCUGUUGACUUUAAACAGUCCAUUAUUCAGAUUCGCGGCUAUCGUAGCCUCAUUGUUAAAGCUGAUGCUUUGAAGAAUUUGCCCUUCAAUACCAAUGAGGAAACCCACGUGGUCUUAUUAAAAGACAUAUGGAACUCCAUGAUAGUUGAUGAGCCGUUUUCACUGAAAAGCCGGAGAUGGUCCGAUAUCGGCUUUCAGGGUAGCAGUCCGGUAACGGAUUUUCGGGGUAUGGGAGCCCUUGGUGCGGAGAAUUUUCGGUGCGUUCGAUUUGUGACUUUGGUAGCUAUUUUUACUUCCUGUUCAUGCAGAUACUUCGUUAAAUAUUACAAUAAACUGGCUCUCAGCAUUCUCUCCUCUUCAUUGCGUCCUCAGCACUGGCAACUUACUGUGGCGUCUUCUUCAAGAUGGAACUCUAAAGACACAUUUCUACAACUCACUCAAAGGGACUCCAAAGUUGGUCCAUCUACAUCUCUUUAUCUUUUUGUAAAAUUCAACGAAUUUUGGAAUCAACAACCCCGAGACGUCAUGCAAUUCAAUGUCUACCUGGACAAAUUCGAAGAGGCCAUUAGGAAACAAAUGGGGGAUGAAAAUUCAAUGCUUCCACUUCAUGUUCUGAAAUGUGGUGUAACUCAAUAG